AUGCCGGUUCCCACCCCCUCCAGGGCUCUUCCUGUCGCCUUCCGUGUGCUCUGUUUGCGCUGCCUUCAGGCCAAAGCCCAUGGGAUCCAGUCCCACGACUGCGUCUGGUCCUCGACCAGUUCAAAGUGUGGGUACUGCACGUCGCAGCACUCGCCUUGCGUCCCGCUGCCCUGGUUCCUUGGGGAAGAGUUUGCGGCCCUCCUGGCCGCCCAGAGCAUAACAAAGUUCCACUCCGAGGCGGAGCGUGACCUCUAUGAGGAGGCACGCGCCACUCGGGCUGCCCUCGAGUUGGGGCUGGCCCAAAUUCAGUCGUCGCUGCGCCGUCUCCGGACGGAACAGGAGAGCGUUCCUGCUCUCUUGGGGGAGUUGGUGGCUGCUGUGGGCAAACUGCCCACCGCUGCCGCUCCCGUUCCGUCAGCCCAGCACAAGUUAUCAACACCGCGCCAACGCGCUCCCAUCACCUACUCGUUCUUUGGAUUGGAGGAUACUAUACAAUCUAUCAGUAUCAUAAACAAACGGACAGGGAGGGGCCACUUACCGGUCUCGGGCAGGAGUGUUGCAGGCGUUGUUAUUCUUACAACAAUGAACGCUGAAUCAGCGGACACCUUCCGUUUCGCAUGCCACACGGACCCUAACGCGAUACCACCUCGGGAUGACUACGGUGGCAAACAAAGCACCUUCCCGAUGCGCACGACAAACGAAGUUGUUCCGGACGCAAUUACCAGCCAACAUUAUGAUAACAAGAAACGCUCCGUUCACGGAGACGAUACGGAGACGAUUCGGAGACGUUGCAGACAGGAUACUAGCCGCGUGCCUUGCGGACAUGAUACUAGCCGCGUGCCUUGCGGACAAAGCACUCUCUCAGGAGGGGGGUAG